AUGACCGCGACCACUCCCUCGAAAUCGUUAAGCACGUCUCUUGCGCAGCAACAAGACGACGUUCAUCACGCUUCGGCGCCCGAGCAUGUCACGAACUACCGCAGAAUCGACGAAAGAGCACCCCUGAUCCUACCCAAUGAACAAGCGGAUGGAGGCUGGAGCGUGGGAGAUGGGACUGAAGAUGACGACGAAACUCAAAGAACAAAGAGUGUCUGGUACCUGAUUCUGCUGACUAUCAGCAUCGGCGGGUUGCAGAUCGCGUGGUCUGUAGAGCUAUCCAAUGGCUCGCCUUUCUUGCUUUCCUUGGGUCUGAGCAAGUCUUUGAUGGCGCUGGUGUGGAUCGCCGGCCCGUUGACUGGCACGUUGGUGCAGCCCUAUGUCGGUAUGCUCAGCGACAGCUGCCGUCUGUCCAUUGGGAAGCGCAAGCCGUUCAUGCUCGGAGGCUCUGCGGUCACUGUCGCGUCGUUGCUGCUGCUGGCAUGGACGAAGGAGAUCGUGACAGGGGUCGCCGGGGCAUUUGGUGCCGAUGUUGAGUCGAGUGGCGUCAGGGUCAUGACCAUUGUGGUGGCAGUCAUAUGGGUGUAUGUGCUGGACUUUGCGAUCAACACCGUGCAGGCUGCCAUUCGCGCCUUCAUCGUUGACUGCGCACCGGCCCAUCAGCAGGAGGCUGCGAAUGCAAUGGCCAGUCGCAUCACGGGCUUCGGCAACAUCCUCGGGUACAUUGCGGGCUACCUGGACCUGCCUGCCUAUUUGUGGAUCUUUGGCGGUACUCAGUUCAAGAUUCUCUGCACAUUGGCGUCCAUUGCUUUGGCGUCGACGAUCAUACUCAGCACGAUGGUCAUCAAGGAAAGGGACCCUCGCCAAGAGGGACCGCCACCCGCCAACCACCGCGGGGUCCUGGCCUUCUUCGUCACACUGGUGAAAUCUGUGAGACGCCUGCCGCCGCAGAUCAAGAGGGUCUGCGAGGUGCAGUUCUUCGCCUGGAUAGGCUUCUUCCCGCUCUUGUUCUACACGUCGUCCUACAUUGGCGAGAUAUAUGUGGAGCCGUACCUACGAGAGAAUCCCCACAUGCCACCGGAGGAGUUGGACAGGCUCUAUGAGCGAGCGACCAGAAUUGGCACAUAUGCAUUGCUCAUGAACUCGGUUGUGAGUCUGCUCACCAACGUCUUGUUACCCUUCUUCAUUGCACCUACGUACGACAGCGUGCCGGUGGUUGCACAGGUACCAGGGGAGACUGACACGGCAUCAACGCUACUCGAUGACGACAAGCCCUCGAUGCUGGAUCGUCUCAGAAUCCCAGGAUUCACGCUGAAACGAGCCUGGUUUGGGUCUCUGGUGCUGUACGCAGCCGCCAUGCUUUGUACAGUCCUCGUGCGGUCUGUUGAGGCUGCGACUGCCCUCAUUGGCCUCGUCGGCAUCACCUGGGCAAUGACCCUCUGGGCGCCAUGGGCCAUUAUCAGUGCCGAGAUUAGCCGGCGCGACGCUCUAAUCCGCGCUCAGAAGAACCGGUCCAGCAACGGGGCCUCCGAAGCCUCCAGUGACGCAUCGGCAGAGGACGAGGAGACGGACCAGGCAGGCGUGAUUCUAGGCAUUCACAACAUGGCCAUUGCGGCGCCACAGAUGAUUGCCACAGUGGCUUCCAGCAUCAUUUUUAAGAUCUGGCAGAAGCCUCGCGGCACGCCGGGGGACCACAGCCUUGCCAUUGUGCUAGCGCUGGGUGGCGUCUGCGUCUUGUUUGCGUCCUUCUUCGUUGCGCAAAUCAAGGACGACCCGUCGAUGCCGGCAGAUGCCAUGCUUGGUGUUGAACAGGGUGACGGCCGGGACGGUGCAACGAACCGUGCGCAACCUUCGGCUGCACUUGACCGCAGGCCGAGCCAUGAGCGGUGGAACCGGGCCACGCAAGGGCGAGCCACACUCACUCGGAACAGGAGCUUUGGAGGAGCAGAGAUGCAUUGA